GGUCGACAAUAUGCCUUGGCAUUUGCUGAACGAGGAGCCAGUGUCGUUGUUAAUGAUUUAGGUGGCAGUUCAGAAGGUGUUGGUAAAAGUUUGCAAGCAGCUGAUGAAGUUGUCAGAGAAAUUCAAAAAGGAGGAGGAAAGGCAGUUGCUGAUUACCAUUCUGUUGAAGAAGGAGGAAAAAUAGUUGAAACUGCUCUGAAGGCUUUUGGCAAAAUAGAUAUAUUGGUGAAUAAUGCUGGAAUUUUACGGGACCGUUCUUUUACCAAACUCACUGAUGAAGACUGGGAUAUUAUUCACAGAAUUCAUCUUAGAGGGUCCUAUCUAGUGACCCAUGCUGCUUGGCCACACAUGAUUAAACAGAAGUACGGCAGAAUUAUUAUGACAUCUUCUGCUGCUGGUUUAUAUGGGAACUUUGGUCAAACAAAUUAUGGUGCAGCUAAGCUUGGAUUACUUGGUUUAAGUAAUGUUUUAGCCAUUGAAGGCAGGAAGUAUAACAUCCACUGUAAUACAAUAGCACCACUUGCUGGUUCAAGGCUAACAAAAAAUGUAAUGCCACCUGAUGUUGUUGAGUCUUUGAAACCAAAAUAUGUAGCACCACUUGUGAUGUACCUUUGUCACAGUUCCUGUCUUGAAACUGGUGGCAUUUUUGAAGUUGCUGCUGGUUGGAUAUCAAAAUUGAGAUGGGAGCGUACUGCUGGAGUAGUUGUAAGAACUAAAGACAACAUGACACCUGAAGCAGUUCGAGAUAACUGGGAUCAGAUUUGUUCCUUUGAAAAUUCCACAAAUCCUAGUUCAAUGCAAGAAACUACUGUAUUAAUAUUCAGUCUCCUAGAAGAGAAUACUUGUUCUGAGACACCGGAAAUCAAUGUGAAAACCUUUGAUCUCAAGUCACUGAGCCCCUUUAUUUCUAAAUACGCCUACAACUUUCCUGAUGUUAUCUUAUAUGCCCUUUCAGUUGGUAUGACAACAAAAUGUGAAGAUGAUAUAAAAUUUUUGUAUGAAAAUCAUGAUGAUUUCACUGUUUUACCCACUUUUUCAACCAUUCAAGGCUUCAAGAGUCUACAUGACUUAUUUUCCAAAGGAAUUCCUGGUUUUCCAUUAGAAUUAUCAAAGGUCCUUCAUGGAGAACAGUAUACAGAGUUGUUCAAACCAUUGGCUGCAAGUGGUGAAAUCACUGCAGUGGGCAGAGUUGUUGAUAUUCUGGACAAAGGUUCUGGUGCUGUCAUUCUCUUUGAGGUGGAGUCUUUCAAUGAAGCUCAAGAAAAGGUUGCCUUUAAUCAGUUCAGUAUUUUCCAAAUUGGUUCUGGAGGAUUUGGAGGACCAAAAGAUUCAUCAUUUAUUAAAGCCCUAUCAAAACCUCCUUCAACACAACCUCAUGCUGUAAUUGAAGAAAACACAUUACUUGACCAGGCUGCCUUUUACCGUUUGUGUGGAGAUUACAACCCUUUACACAUUGAUCCCAAUUUUGCCAAGAUGGUAGGUCAAGAGAAACCCCCACUUCACGGUCUCUGCAUUUAUGGUUUUGCAAUGCGCCAUGUUAUGAAAAAGUUUCUUAAUAAUGAUGCCAGUCUUAUAAAAAGCAUGAAAUCACGGUUUUCUAAACCAUUUGUACCAGGGCAAACUCUGCGAACAGAAAUGUGGAAAGUUGAUUCUGGUGUUCAUUUCCAAUGCUCGAUUGUGGAAACUGGGAAAAUGUGUAUAACUGGUGGUUUUAUAAAUGUCCAUUCUUUUCCUGACACAGGAGUAACUACUGAAAAACAACAGAUUAAUGUAACCAAUUUGAAGAGUGACACUCUUUUCAAAGAGCUAGCAAUCCAUUUACAAAACAAACCUCAAAUAAUGACCAAGAUCAAUGCUGUUUUUCUUUGGAAUAUUACAAAAAAUGGCAAUGAACCUGUAUCACAGUGGACCUUAGACCUGACACCUGGUGGAGGAGGUAUAUACCAUGGUGCCCCUAAAGACAAGAAAGCUCAGUGUACCCUACUAACAGAUGAUGAUGUCAUACUUCAGCUGUUUCGGCGAGAGAUUAAUCCACAAAAGGCCUUCUUUUCUGGGAAACUGAAAGUAUCUGGAAAUAUGUUGUUGAGCCAACGUUUAUCCAAACUCUUUGAGAACAUGGCAAAUCUGUAAUGUUGCUUAACAUUUCAGACUAUAAGAUCAUUCCUUGUUUGUGUUUGAUUCCUACAUAUUACAGAUCUAGGUUAUAAGGAAUAGUGUUGUUUUAUAGAUAUAUAUAUUUCAUUUGUAACAAUAUAUUUAACUAAAUAUAACUAAAUCCUGGACUUCAUGAUUGCAGAGUAAAUAGCUUUAUCAUUCAGCUAUGCCACACACACAUGCAUCCCCGAAAAAGGCAUUACUAAAAUUAAAAUUUUCCUUUAUAUUAAAGACAUACCAUAAAUAAAAAAUAAAAAUGCAUUAACAUAGAGUUGCUGUCAAUCAAAUAAUUAUUUUCAAAUAAUUUUUACCUUCCCAAGUUAAUUUUUUAUGUCCUUGAUUCCAAAAGUUUAAGGACCACCUUUUUCUUCCUUCAGUUAUAAGCAUAUUUUUAUAAAAAUUUAAAACAAAAUGCAAAAAAAAACCCCCAAAAAACUUCAAGAAGAAAAGAGAAGAGUUUUUGCAAAUGAUUAAAUUUAAAACAUAAGAUAAGAAUGUAUAAAAUUGUUUUUAUUUGUGAAAUAUGUUAUGUUUAAUUAAUAAAUCUUAUUAAAAAUC